AUGAAUCAGGAGCCCCGAGAAGAGUUCAGUGAUUGGCCUCAUGGACUGUUAGCAAUCGGAACAUUUGGUAACAAUGAGCUAAAAGAAAAUAAAAACAGCCACCAAGAGAUUCAAAGCAUUGAAGAUGAGCCAUCUUCAUCAAUGGAUUUACAGGAUUUCACACCAGAGGAAAUUGGAAAAUUUAAGAAAGAGUUGACAAAACUCUUGAGAAGAAAGCCAACUUCUGAUAACAAAGAAAAAGAAAUUAAUAAUGGAAACCUUCCAUUGGAUAGAUUUCUUAAUUGCCCUUCAAGCUUGGAGGUGGAUAGGAGAAUUAGCAAUGCACUUUGCUGCGAACCAGAUGAUCACGAAGAUAUUAAAGACGAAGAUAUUGAUAGGACGAUCAGUGUCAUUCUUGGUAGAUGCAAAGAUAUUCGAGCUGAUACUAGCAGGAAAGCUCUUGGAAAAAAAUCUCUCUCUUUCCUCCUCAAGAAAAUGUUUGUUUGUAGUAGUGGAUUUUCUCCUCAACCCAGUUUGAGAGAUACCCUUCAAGAAUCAAGAAUGGAGAGGUUCUUGAGGUUAAUGCUACAUAAGAAGAUCAACUCUCAGAAUGCUAGAGCGCCCUCGAUGAAGAAGUACUUGGAGGAUAAGCAAGUAGUAGUUAAAAAGACCACAAAUGAAGAUGAUGAGGCAAAGGAGAGAAAUAAUAGAGAUAGUGGAUGUAAAUGGGUGAAGACAGAUUCAGAAUAUAUUGUUCUAGAGAUAUAA